AUGGAGUUGUCCUCAUGCGCCGCCUGUCAACUCCCGAUCCUCGACCGAUAUGUUUAUCACGUUCUUGGAAAGGCAUGGCACGAGGAAUGCCUUCGCUGCUCGGAUUGCCAUUCCCCAAUGGUCGAGUCGUGCUUCACCCGCGAUGGUCUCAUUUUGUGUCGCAUCGAUUUUGCCAGACGUUACGGAACCCGGUGUGCGGGCUGUGAUGGGAAUCUUGAAAAAGAUGAUAUGGUGAGACGAGCAAGGGAAAAGGUAUUCCACGUGGAGUGCUUUCAAUGCGUGAUGUGCCACCGAAAAUUGGACACCGGCGAACAGCUGUACGUCGUCGGGGAUGCGAGAUUCGUCUGCCAGCAGGAUUUUCUGAACACGCACGUCGCGUCGCCAAGUACUCCCGUGGCGCUGGCCCAACUCGUCCCCGCCGCCAUGUCGACGCCCGGCCCGCUAUCGAACGGCUCGCAAACACCGCACCCGCAAACGGCCGCCCAGAGCAGAAAUGGGUCCCACGGGGGUUCGGAUUGCGGCUCGGACGGCGAUGAGGAGAAUAACGACUGUGGGGAUGAGAUCCCAGAAGGCUUGGAAAAUGGCGAGAAUCCGGUGGACGACGCGUCGAAGCAGGACGGCGAGGGAAAUGCGAAGAGAAGAGGGCCCAGGACGACGAUCAAGGCAAAACAGCUUGAGACGCUAAAAAACGCGUUCGCCACCACGCCAAAGCCGACGCGACACGUUCGGGAGCAGUUGGCCCAGGAGACUGGGUUGAAUAUGAGGGUUAUACAGGUGUGGUUCCAAAAUCGACGGUCAAAGGAGCGCCGGAUGAAGCAGCUGAGAUUCGGCGGUUACCGGCCGGCCCGCAGGAGUCGAGGAGGCAGGGAUGAUAUGCUAAACGACGUCUAUGCACACGAGGGUGGACCCGCCGGCUUCUUCGGCCCGCCGAUGGGUUUCUACUGUGGUGAUCUCUACGGCGGCGACCGAGCCCAAAUCCCGCCAUUCCCGAUUGCGCCCGACGGCACGCCACUUAUCCCACAGCAAAUGGUGGAGAGCGGAGGCGGCGGAAUGUCGGGCUGUUCAUCGCCAUCACUGCCCGGCCAACUUCUUGGUGUUGGCGCAGGCGGAGGGGAAUUCGGGGAAGAAUCCUUCCUGUACCACGACAUCAAGCACCCGCAGCCCGUUCACCCAAUGCCAACAUGG